AUGUUUCAUACAAUUCAACAACAAUUAAAGAUAUUACUCCUAAUCACAUGUUACUGUUUCAAUUUCAUCAUUGGAGGUCCUGAUCAACUUCGUUUGUUAAAAUAUCUAUUGGUUGACAAUCAAUACAACCGAAUUGCACGACCUGUUCAAAAUGACUCUGACCCAUUACCUGUUACUAUAAAUUUGGCUUUACAAAACAUCAUUGAAUAUGAUGAAAGGAACGAAGCUAUUGUCGUUAGUGGCUGGAUGACUAUCAUGUGGAAUGAUUAUAGUUUAAGAUGGAAACCAGAAGAGUUUGGUAAUAUUCAAACACUACGAAUACCAAGUAAACAAAUUUGGACACCAGAUAUUCUCCUAUAUAAUAGUGCCGAUGAAAAUUUUGAUAUUACAAUGAAAAUCAAUGCUGUUGUACAACAUAAUGGUGAUAUUCAAUAUGUACCCCCAGUAUUAUUCAAAUCGAUUUGUCCAUUUAAUAUCGCUGCAUUUCCAUUUGUAAGAGUCAAUCUGAUAGCAGAAAAUAGCAAAGGUCAAUUAGAUGCAUAUGUCAAAAAUGACGAAUGGGAUCUAGAAGAUUUCUCUGCAACGAAUAAUGGCAUCGCAUACGACUGUUGUCCAAGUGUUUAUCCAUACGUAUUAUACACUAUUCGAAUGCGUCGACGUUCUCUUUACUACAUCAUAAAUAUCAUUAUACCUUGUUUUCUUAUUAAUUGUAUGACAAUAUUUGGAUUUUUAUUAUCACCGGAUAGUGGAGAAAAAUUAACCUUGCAUAUUACAACUCUUCUAACUGUUGUUAUGUUCAGUUUACUUCUAGCAGAAAUUCUCCCACCAAGUUCAAAUGCUAUACCAAUUAUUACUGCUUAUUUCAUAUGUGUUAUGAUUAUAUCAGCAGUUUCAGUUGUUGCAUCAAUAUUAAUAUUAUCACUUCAUUUUCGAAAUUCUAAAAAUCAUACAAUGUCAUUAUGGGUUCGUAAGUAUAUUUGUAACUAUUUAGCAUGGCUAUUACUUAUGAAGCGUCCCGAUUAUGAUUUGAGUUGGCGUGGGAUUCGUCGUCAAUGGGCGUCUUCAAAACAAGAAUCGAAUAAUGUAAAUAAAUCGAUCGAUAAUCGUCAUGCUAAGAUUCUUCCUGAACCGUCGUCGUUGAAUAAUACAUUUGAAUUAUUAUCAACUAAUGUUAUAAAUGUUGAUAAGAGAUCUUUAGAAUUCUUAGAAAGACAACGCUCAGAUCCGCUAUUAGAAUUUUCUGUACCUCCAACAACGGAAAUUCACAAUUCUCGUCAUCAUCAGAAUACAUCGAAUGAUUUGUAUACAUGUGAUAUGGAAAUGACUCGUUCUGAGCUACGUGUUAUUAUUUCUCAACUUGCUAUUCUUAUUAAUUAUUUUCGACAAAAAGAGAAAGAUGAUGAUAAUUCGCAAGACUGGCAAUUUGUGGCAAUGGUCAUCGAUCGUCUUUGUCUAGUGAUUUUUGCUGCAAUCAUGCUUCUUUUUACUGUAUUUACUUUUCUCAAAAUUUAA